AUCUGAUCCAUCUAUUUAGCAAAUAAUUAAAUUGGAUCAAUUUAUUUAAAAACUAGUGUAGUCAAAAUCACAACAAGAUAAGAUUUCAAGUGACAUAAAACACAUGCAAAUAACUAAACAGGUUUAAGUGAGAUCAAGCAGGAAAAACAACAAAACAUAUUCUGUGGCUUGCUGAACAAAGUAUUUGACAUUGUUCCAGACUGAUCUCAGUGAAAACUAAAACAGAAGUUUGACAUUUCUGAAGCUGAAAUCAAUUCGCGCUUACAGAAAUGUGAAACACUGCCCCCAGUGGCCAAAGCAGUAAGUAUUUUUGGCUGUAUAGGAACGUGUGAGCUCUAUUUUCAGAAUUCAUUGUCCAAGGAGGGGUUCCAAAAGUGAGUUGUUUUCAGCUGUAAAGACUGUAAUCCAAAACCCAAACCCCAAACCUAAUCCUUACCGUCAGUACAACGCUGUUUCAAUUGAGAUAUACCAUGCCAUUUGAACUGGUACAAAAUGUAUCGCCUUACAAGUCAUGCACUUUAAGAGUUCAUGAAAUCAGUCGUCUUACUCAUCAUUUGUGUAAAAGUAAUUGAAAGUCAUUGUUGUUAAAGCGCCUCUAGUGUUCAUUUUACCAGGAAACUACCCCAAUACAUACAAGAGCCACAUAUGCAAAACUGUAUUUAUUGUUACAUGAUUAUAUAAGGCAAGGUUCAUGUAUUUGCUGUUCAAACUGUAAACAACUAAACGGAUCUGAGUGAAAUCUAUUUCAAGCCAAAAAUAUAGAUUUUUUGCAAUCUGUCUAAACAAAGCAAACAGGAAACACUAAAUUGAUCACUUGUUGAUCAACAUGACAUCAAGUUGUUUGAACUUAACAGGCAUUUCACAAUAGACCCACAAAAGGCACAAAAUUAAAUAUGUAUUAUUAAUGCACUAUCAAACCGAUGAAUACAUCUGGCAUAGGAAGAUACGUUGAGAAAUGAUUACAUUGCCUUUUUUUCUGACAGAUCUGCACUACAAUGGAAACGAAUAACGGCUCUGAAUCAACCAAUGACAGUUAUGUGUACCGUUGUGUUUUAAAAGAGAACUUCAAGUACAUUCUCCUCCCAGUCAGCUACAGUCUUGUGUUUGUGGUAGGCCUGGCUUUAAACUUUACUGCCAUGUACUUCAUUCUGUUUCAAACCAAACGCUGGAAGCCCAUCACCAUCUACAUGAUCAACCUCAACGUUUGUGACACCCUUUACAUCCUUACCCUUCCGUUCCUCAUCUACUACUAUGCUGAUGAGAACGACUGGCCGUUCAGCGAGCCGAUGUGCAAGCUGAUUCGCUUUUUGUUCUACACAAACCUCUACGGAAGCAUCCUCUUCCUCAGCAGCAUCAGUCUGCACCGUUUCAUGGGCAUCUGCUACCCGGUGCGCUCUUUGCCCUGGAUGGACGUCAGAUUUGCUCGUUUGGUUUCAUUGGGCAUAUGGGUGACCUUGCUUAUAUUCCAGGCACCAAUCCUCUACUUCACCAAGACAAGAAAAAAUGGUUCAUUACUGGUCUGUCAUGACACUUCCAUCAAGGAUCUCUUCAACAGCUUUCUGGUAUACACCUCAGUGGUUAUGUUCCUGCUCUUCAUCCUACCGUUUGGGGUGGUGCUGGUCUGCAACGUGUUGAUGGUACGGAAACUUCAGGAACCCAGCAUUGGUGGAAACUCCACAUCAAAGCGCUCCAAGCAGAAGUCGGUGAAGAUGAUCAUGAUUGUACUUAUUACUUUCAUGUUAUGCUUUCUGCCUUUCCACCUGAACCGCAGUAUUUACUAUACCUACCGUUACCUGGACCUGCAGAAUUGCACGAUGCUGCAAAACUCCAACGUGGCCUACAAGCUCACACGACCUCUGCUAAGUUUUAAUAGCUGCAUUGACCCCAUCCUCUACUUCAUGGUAGGACAGAGCUUCAGAAAAAACUUAAACAAGAAGUCCAAAUCAAGCCAAAGUUGCAACCAUGACAAUACUCUUACAACAUUAUAACUAACUGUUUGAGCAAUGAUGGAGCCUAUGAACCAAUUAAGUUUUUUCUCUCCUUCCGCUAUAGCAGUGGUUCUUCACAAUGGGGCGUUAUCAAACUUUCAAUCACAGUGCCAACCCACAUCUUUGAAUAGCAUUCUGAGAUGCUGUUCUUCUCACCACAAUUGUACAGAGUGGUUAUCUGAGUUACUGUAGACAUUGUCAGUUUGAACUAGUCUUCUCAUCUAAAUUUAAAAUAAAAAGGGGAAAAAUAAAUAAAGACAUUAUUGGGAAAAACAAUGUUUUGAUAAAGAGCUAUAUCUGAAUGUAAUUCAUAUGAAUUAUAAAAAUGACUUGCAUAAGCUGUAAUCAAACUUUCAUUAAGAAUUGAACAUGAAACAUCUUCUUGAAAACUUCAUAAGCUGAGAUGAGAACACUUUGAGUACCUUCACUGUUUAGUCUUUCUUACAGUAAGUCUCCGUAGAACACUUGCACAAUCCAUUAUGAGCCACAUGCAUAAGUGCAUAUGAAUGUUUGUCAGCCCAGGCAUGUGAAAGUGCUUUGACUAACUCAGUUAGUAAAUGAUAUGGCUCUUGUAGCAUCUUGUUGCUCUAUGACUAAUAAUCACUUUAACCCAACUGAUAAGUGAGCAUUUGCUCUCAUGACAGACCAUGGCUGACCACAGUACUUAUUAUUCAAUUCCCACUAGCCUAAAAAAACUGCUACUGCUGUAAAUGAACAAUAUCAGAUAAAGUCUCUCCGACUGACUGAUGAUGGAAAAGAGCCGCAAGAGGAAUUUGUGAGAACUACUUAGUUUAACAAAUAGAAAUCUCUGUAGAACAUUUGCAGAACAGAAAAUCUCAGCACUAACCAGGGGCGUUGAAAAGGUUGAAAGAGAUAAGGCCCUCUAUGUCCCUUAAGGCAGUAGCGGAGCUAGGGGGUGGCCAGGGGUGGCCCCACUCGCAAUUGCUGUUUUAGUCAUUUAUUUUGUAAUUUUUUGGCACAAUUUAUUUCUUUAGAGUCCGGGGUGUCAUUGUAAACCCCCCAACCCCCCCGCCUCCACAGUCCAACGAUAUAAAAAUAAUGCUACCCGAACAUUUCUGUGCCAUCACAGACUGAUCGAUUGCCCCUGCCUGUCCACCUUUUGAAAAUCUCCUGGCUCCGCCCCUGCCUUAAGGAAGUCUUAUAUAUUGAAAUGUGUAAUUACUGGUAGUGUAUACUACACCAUUGCCUUCAGUAUUCAGCAUUUAUUGCAUUUUGAACAUUUAAAGAAAGGGUGUGGUUUAAAUUAUCAUUAGAAAUUAGUAAUAUUUAUUUGUUUACAUGGCAUGGAGCUAAAUGACCUACUCUUAUGUAUUUACAUUGUGUGGAUGACUUAUUAAUCUAAUGACUUUGAAUCAAGUUUAGAUCUGUCUUUGACUUUAAGGAAGUUCAUGGUUCAAGGAGCCCCUGUUACUCAUAACAGGUUUAACCACUUUGUUUGUAAUCGUUUCAUUAGAAAAACUAUUACAGCAUAUACUUUUUAGUGGAUAGAUACUGUAUUUAUGAGGUCAAUUGGAAUUUGAUUUGGCCUCUUAACCAUAAUGUAUUGACUAAUACAAUCUGAGAGAUGUCUUUUAAAAUAUUACACAAAUGUUAUCCCUGUAAUAUUAUGUUUAAGUAUAUUGUCACAAUUAAGUACAUUUGUACUUUUGUAACAAAGAUGAGAUGAUGACACUUUUUUUUUUUUUUUUUUUGUAAAUGCGUUUGAUCAAAUAGCCUCUCACAAAAAAGUCUGACAUAUGUAUUGAUGUUUUUGAUAUUAUUUUUUAUUACAACAAAAUCUCAGAGAUUCAAUAUAUUGUCCAUUUAUUUAUUAUUUUGUAUGUUGAUGUACAACCACUUAUAAUUGUUCCCUCUGGAUGUAUUUCAUUUUAUGUUUUGUUUUUAUUUUGCAUUACAACUGCUGUAUACGUAUUCAGAUUUGUCUUGGCAUUAAUAAUAAAAAACUAAAUAUAGCUGCAAGCUGCGAUGACGGGCCCAAGCAACAUGGAUCCAUUUCCACUCAGUGGCUUUCGGAAUACAAUGUACAGCUCACGGACACAGCAACAGCUCAACAUUAAUGUAAACUUGGACCCUAACCAUACAGUGUAUAAUAGAUAUAUGCCACCAUUCCAGUUUGGGGGGUUUAAUUUAUAUAACUGAUUCCAUCCAUCCAUCCAACCAACCAACCAACCAUCCAUCCAUCCAUCCAUCCAUCGAUCCAUCCAUCCAUCCAUCCAUCCAUCCAUCCAUCCAUCCAUCCAUCCAUCCAACCAACCAACUGCAUGUCCACCUAUAGAAUAAUCAUUAAAAGCAAAAAUUACCAACUUGUAACCAGGGUAAAAAGAAACGAAAGUUUGGCCAUCAAAUUACGGUGCAGUUAAAAUAGACAUACAAUAAAUAUGUAAACUAAAAACACAAAUGAGGAUUCAGUUAUUAGGUAUGUUGAAAUGAUUACAUUGUCUGAUAUUUAAAUCUGGUAUAUGGCCAUAUGCGAACAAACACAAAGAAACUUCAUAUAUUUGAGCAUUUAUGCACACAUUUA